UAAUAAAUUAACCGAUCAAAAUAAAAAACAAUAAAUCCAAGAGUUGAAAUAAAAAAAAUAAUAAUGACAACAACACAAGUGCAAAUAAAGUGCUUUUUUAUAUAAGCCAUGAGAAAACCAAACCAAUUAUUGGUAAAUGUGUGUGGAAAAAAACGCAGCUUCCUUUUGUCUAUAUAUUUAACGAAGGGGGUUCAUUUGCAGUAGUGCAAGAAGUUUCACUCUGCUGUGUGUCGAAGUUUCAAAAGAAAUUGUGAUUAGUGGUCAGACAAGUUGGUUGGUUGCCCAACUAAAAUCCCAUCUAAAUCGAAGGAAAGGAAAUUAACAAAAUUAUUAUUGUUUUUUAUGUUUGGAAAAAAAAUAAUAAAAAUUAAUGAGUUAUUGAAAUAAAAUGGAUACGGAAGAUAUGGAAUCAUCGUCACAGGACAACAACGAUAUACCCUCAAAAGAAAAAUCUGCAAAAGAUGCAUUACAAACGUAUAUAACACGAGCUAAACUAAAUCCGGCCAAGACCGAUAAUGAGAAAAGACGCCGAAAGGAUACACUUCGUAAGGUAUCAUCCAUCUAUCGAAAAUGUGAAACAACACGAACCUCGGAAGAAAGUACAUUUUUGGAAAAGCACCCGGAAAUUGUAAAACAAGUUAAAAAACGCAAAGAACGUGUUGAAAUUUACAAAGAUCGUGUGAUCGAAAAAGAAGAUGAUGUGCAAGUCAUCGAAGCCAAGGUUGAAGAAUUAGCCAGUAUUAUAUUGCAGGCCAAACAUUUAAUAUGCUACACCGGUGCCGGCAUAAGUACAGCAGCUCUAAUACCCGAUUAUCGGGGGAGCAAGGGUAUUUGGACUCUAUUGCAGAAAGGCGAGGAAAUAGGGGAUCAUGAUUUAUCAGCAGCUAAUCCCACCUAUACACACAUGGCAUUAUACGAACUACAUCGGAGGGGCAUCUUACGCUAUGUAGUAUCACAAAAUUGUGAUGGUUUACAUUUGAGAUCUGGUUUGCCCAAGGUAUCCCUCUCCGAAAUUCAUGGCAAUAUGUACGUAGAGGUAUGUAAGAAUUGUAAACCGAAUUCGGUGUAUUGGAGACUGUUUGAUACAACCGAAAUGACUGCUCGCUACUGCCACAAAACCAAUAGGCUAUGUCAUAAAUGUUCAGAACCCCUGUGCGAUACAAUUGUGCAUUUCGGUGAGAGGGGAAACCUGAAGUGGCCUUUAAAUUGGGCCGGUGCUUGUCAUCAUGCCGAAAAGGCCGAUGUUAUACUGUGCUUAGGUUCUAGCUUAAAGGUAUUGAAGAAAUACACUUGGCUUUGGCAAAUGGAUAAACCGGCUAGACAACGCGCUAAAAUAUGUAUAGUUAAUCUACAGUGGACGCCGAAAGAUACACUGGCUCAAGUGAAAGUCAAUGGAAAAUGUGAUCGUGUAAUGGAAAUGUUAAUGAAUGCUUUGAAAAUAUCUGUGCCUGUGUAUACAAAGGAAAAGGAUCCCAUUUUUGCCCACGCCACCAUGUUAAUGCCGGAGGAAUUACAUACGCUUACACAACCGCUGCUCAAACAAUCCGAUGAAGAGGAGAAAGAUGAAACUACCACACUAUCCAGUAAUGAGGCCAGCACGGCAGACGAAGAAACCCAAGAUUCGACUAUCAGUACUGAUAGCUUCAGCGCUGUGGGUGCUGAAUAUCGCAUAGGUAAGGGUCCACGCAUACGAACACCCUUAAAACAAAUGGCUUCAGGUAUUAAAACCAACUUGGAAUUAAAGAAUAAAAUAAAACAAGAGCUCAAAAUGGAAUCGGAUGAGGGUUAUUCUCGAAAUGUUGAGAAAAGUGAAAUUAAAACGGAAACCUUGUUGUCUCAGCUAGGCAAUGUAAACUGUAAGAAUAUUAAACAACCCGAAAGUGAACAAAGCUUUGCGAAAAAUUUACUGGAUCAGCAAAACGAAAUGCAAAUAAAUUUCGAUAAACAGCAAAUAGAUAAUGAUCAUUAUAAGCGAUUCAAAGAUUCAACUGACUAUCCCAAUCAUUUAUUGAAUCCUAACGAUGUUAAAUUUGAAAUGCAAGAAGAAAUGAAAAUGUUUGAUCUGAGCGUCGUCAACAAUUCAAAGAUGGAUGAAGUGAAUCUUGCAAACAGCCUUAAUGAUUUCAAAUACGAUACGAACUUAGAAAAUGAUCUACUUAGUGGGGAUAUUUUAAAAACCGAAGAAAAUGCCUUUCAAAAUUCUAUAAAACUAGAAGAUUUGUUUACGAAUUUAAACAAAUCUAAUACCGAAAUUAGUUCAAUGCCUCCGGAAAAUAAACUGAGCACUUCAAAUGAUGCCAAAAUUAAUGGCGUAAUCAAAUCAAGUGAAAUGUGUGUCAAUUCCUUUGCAAACAAAACUGAAAUUCAAUUUCAAUCCAUAAAAGACUUAAAACUGAAUGGUCUUUUAGGGGACAAUUUGAAAGCUAAUGAAACUAACAGUAUUAAAGUCGAAAUGAACCACCAAACUAGUGUGCCUGAAGCAAAACUUGAAAAUGAUUUCAUAAAAGAUUUGCGCAACAAGGGAUUUUCUGUGGAAAUAUCAAAACCCAGGGAAGCUUGUUUAAAUAGCACGUCAAAAUCUAUAGAUUGCGCUCUCUCUUUAAACGAUUUUAGAAGGAAAAAUUUGUCUUUGCCUACAAACAGCUGUGAGAUUACGAAGAAAGAGAUUAAAAUUGAAUUGAAUGCAGACGCUUUAGCCAAUUUGCCGGUUAAACUAGAGCCAAAAACCGAUGUAUUGGCGGAAAUAGCUGAAUUACACAAAAGUGAACAGUUGCUAAUAAAGCAAGCUACUGAAAUCACCAAGAAUGCUGAGGAAUUCCUGGAAAAACUGGAAAAUGAAAUGGGCUUAAAGAAUCCCUUAGAGUCGGAAACUCCGAAGUUGACAUUGGUCCAAGACAAAUUCCCGGCAGAUAAUUGCUUGGUCAAAUCGUCGAAUGGCAUAAAGAAUUCUCCUGUAAAAACAGAGCAAAACUUCAACCAGGUUGCGAAUACCGCACCUCCUGCAAAUAAUCAAUUUCCUUUGCACAUUUUAAUGAAACUGCCGAAAUGUAUACAGGUGCAGUAUAAGACAGAAGAUGGUAUUAAAUCUGCGCCUUACAAUGGUCUAAAAACCAACGACAAAUCAAAAAUAAUUCCAUCUUUGACAACGACUUCCAUACCUGUCCCAAUGGCAACAAAAACAUCAGCAGAACCUCCACCCUUGGCACCACUAUACAAAACAUCUCUCUUAUCACCAAGCCAACAAAGACCCUUGCCGCCUUUAGAGCCCAUUGUCGAUGAAGAGACAUUAUCGGCCGAUGAAAAGUCCAUUGAAGAUGAGCCAAAGCUGGAGGACGAGCUGCAGCAGCAUGAUGAGGAGGAGGAUGAUGAUGAGCUGGUGGAAGAAGAAAACGAUGAACCCAUAUUAUCACAAAUGGAUAUUUUAAGAAAUCUUGCCUUAACAACACCCACAAAAUCCAAUAAUAGCUACAAUACGAAAACCUCACCAAUUUCUUCAUAUGCCUUGGCCCAGGAAAGAAAACACUUGCUGCGGCGCAAGUUACCCAUCUGGUACGAUGUCAAGUAUGCCUACUCCGGCCUGCACAGCAUAGUAUUUCCUCCACCGGCCGAUGUUGAUAUCUGGAGUCAUCAAAUUGUACCCAAUUUUGCUAUGAAUCGUUCGGCAGCCAAAUGUGAAUUCUGUUUCGAUCACUAUGCCGAAUUCGAGUGUCAAUUCUAUAAAAAGUUCCUGCUGUGCGAUAGAAAACAUAAGAAACGUGCCCGCAACGGACGUUUUGUGGUGUGUGAAUGUUGUCCCUAUACCGAGGAUGACGAUGAUGACGACUACGAUGAAAACAUUUCAUUGGCUCAUAUUGCAGCGGCCGAAACGGCCAAAAGGCAAUUGCAUUUGAAUAAUACAUUUCCGCGUAAAUUGGCUCGCACCCAGGCCGGUUGGUAUGGUAAGGGCUAUAAAAAGAAUCGACGUAGAAAAUAGUUUUUCUCAAUAAAAUCAUUUUAGUUUUAAGUUCAAAUUGUUUGCGUUCUCCGUUUCGUUUUAAUUUUGUGUUCAUGUAGUUGUAAAUAAGUAUUUAUAUUUAUGUAUGUAUAUGUCUAGACUAGUUUCGAGAUUAAGAGAGUAUUUUGUCCAAAAUCCCUAUGACCGACGACGACAGCUUAUGAAACUGUUGCCAUUUGUAAUUAUUUAUAUGUAUGUAUUUGUUAAAGAUUUGUUUUAAUGUUAAGAAUAAUCUAUCUAUCUAUUAAGUAUAAUUUUAACACUUUCUUUAACUCGCAUAAUUUUAUAGAUUAUACAUAUGUAUUUUAAAUAGCUUUUAUUUUUCAAUGUACAAUUUUUAUUACGCGAAUUUACAUUUUAAGGUUUAAAUAGAAAUCAAAGCAGUCAAUUUUUUUUUUAAAAAAAUCAAAUCAUAUUUUAUUAAGUUAAUUUGAUACAAUCUAAUACAAACAUUUAUUAAUAAAAGAUCCACAAAUUUCUUUUAGAUAAAUAGUGGCAUACUGGACACGAAAA